GCCACGCCGCUCCCUUUUCGCUGAAUCACGUGCUUCGCAGUGCCAAUUUUGUGUUUGUGCUCAAGAAAGACUGAACGGAACGGACCCACGGGCUGAUUCGGAUCGGUUGACUGUGUUGUAAUGAUGGAGAGGAAUCCUCCGGAGGUGCUUGGGCGUGUUUUUGGGUGAAAUAAGAGCAAUGACAGAUUUGAAAUGCCUUCAAGUUGCUCUGCGUCCAUCCUAGUCAUGGGUUCUAUCCUCGUCCAGCUUCUUCUGCUACUCGCUUUACAAAAAGAAGCCGCGGGUUCCCGCAGGUUUCGGACAGAUUUUCUACAAGAACUGCCGACCCCUGGGACAGGGCCGACUUUCGACACGAGCGUGCCGAACAACAUCACAGGCCUAGUUGGAAAGACGGCCUAUUUAAAGUGCAGGGUGAAAAAUCUUGGAAACAAAACAGUUUCGUGGGUGAGACACAGAGACAUACAUUUGCUCACAGUCGGCCGUUACACAUACACCUCUGACCAGAGGUUCGAAGCUAUACACUCGCCCCACACCGAAGAUUGGACUUUGAGGAUCAAAUAUCCUCAGAGGAAGGACUCGGGGAUCUACGAGUGCCAGAUAAGCACGACGCCACCCGUCGGACAUCCCGUCUACCUCAGUGUCGUAGAACCAGUAACAGAGAUUCUUGGAGGGCCAGACGUAUUCAUACAAAAAGGAAGCACUAUCAACCUGACAUGCCUGGUUAGGUUUGCACCGGAACCUCCUCCAUCAGUCCUCUGGAGUCAUAAUUCUCAGGUGAUCAACUUCGACUCUCCGAGAGGAGGCGUGAGUCUGGUGACAGAAAAGGGAGCCGUGACUACAAGCAGGCUACUUCUGCAGAAAGCUGUCUCCCCCGAUUCGGGUUUUUACACCUGCAGCCCGUCCAACGCUAAUACGGCCACCAUCAGAGUACAUAUACUCAAUGUAGGUGAGCUGCCAGCAGCGAUGCACCACGGAGCCAGCAGUUCGCUCUGCCCACCGAUGUACAUGUGGCUGACUCCGCUUCUGCUGAUCGCCUACACUUCCAACGGCUAGCAGAGUCGCUUCUAAAGAAGUCUGACGAACCGGACAGAAACUCAAAACGGCCUGCGAUUUCGUUCGAAAGUUUAGCCACCUUGGGACUGUUCUCUUACUCAUCGCACCCUUUUGGAAAAUUGUCAACUGUUCAAAGCCCAGGGUCUGUAAAUAGAAUGCUUUCAGAGACGCCAUUUAGACUCGGAAUUUUUUAUUUUCGUGUCUGUCUUCAAGAUCCCCUAGUCGAAUAUUCGAGAGGUUUGGUCGAAAUACAAAUUGUACAAUGUAAUUUUAGCUGUAAGACAAAAUUUUGUGUUGAUGUUUUAUCCAAAAACUAAAAUAAUUUUUCGAGUGAAAUAUAAAAUAAAUCCGAAUGAACAUAGGCCUGUGAAAAAAAAGUGCCAUGUUCAAAUCUUCACUUAGAGCAGAUUUAAUCCAAAUAUUUCAAUGAGCAAAUGCACACUUCUCCAUUUCAGCAUAGACAGAGCACCGAAUUCGGGAUUUUAAAAAUAACAAAAUACAUAACCGGUGGACGGGUAAAAGAUUUUGUGCAAAAUACGUUUUUUACAAAGAAACAUCAUAAAGUAUAGAUUUGAUAACAUUAAAACUUAUAAAUCAACUCAAUAAAACAUCAACUUAUUUGGAACAUAAGUGACAACUCUUGGAUUUGCUUAAAGUGGUUAAAACUCCCUGCCUUUGGAUUUCUAUUUACAAAAAAAAAUUAUUUCGUUCAAAACCAAGAGAAAAAAAUAGUGUUUUAGACAAAAUGGCGGUAAUCAAGAGGGAGGCUAAACGAACCUAUUUUAAUCUCUUUACGUUCUACAGAUACACCCCACCUGGUUCUUAAUAUUUAUUUAUUUUGAAAUUUUUAUUUUCAAUUUUUGUUAAUGUUAUGGAAUUAAAUCAUAAUAACUUCUAGAAAGUUACCUUACAUUAUGGAUGCAAUAUUAAAAUAAUUAUUGCCUUAAUGUGAGGACUUGGUUGGAUUAAAUAAAGGAUCUAUCAUCUCGUGUAAGAAAUUAAAUUUUAAUUAACGACUUUCCUGACGUUUAUGUCAAAGAGAAAAAAACUAUCAUGACGAUAAUGGCAUGGUUAUGGAGGAAUACGAUUUUUUAAAAUUGAUUUUUACAUCUGUGUAACAAUUACAACAGUAAAUAUGCUGUAAAAGUGCAACAAUUGAUAUAAAAAACAUCUGAUAAGAACUCAGGGUGAAACAAGGGUGGAUUCCAAGAAAGAAAUAAUGAGUUAAUUUUUUCAAUUUUCUUUGUCACUACGUAGGGAAUCAAGUGGCCAUCGGUGUUUCAGUCGCCGUGGAGGAUUAUCCGGCAUGGUAUUAGAACUUAGCUAUCGGACCCAAAGUAUUGGGAUAUGUGGAAAGAUUUUGAUGGAUUUUUCGGUAAUAGGUUUUCGCUACUUAUGUAACGAAGAGAAUAUUAAGGUCUCGGUGUAGGGUGAAGUUUCAUAGAUAAUAAGGAUGGUUAACAAUUUUUCAUAGGACUAUUGGGAUCUUUAGACGCGUUGGCAGUUCGAAUGCUUGGUCGACACCAUAUGUCAACACAGGUUUGAGAAUCAUGGUAUCAAUUUUUUGUAGUUAAGUGGAAGUUUUGAUUGACUGACGAGCAGUGAAUUAAUUAAUUAAGCGCUUACAGUGUGUAAUGUCUGUUUAGUUCGUUCCGUUAUAAUAUUGUGUUCGGGAUUUCAAGAAAUUUUGUCCAGUUGAAGUCAGUCGCAAGUAGUACGUGUUAGACAGGCGGUAGUGUAACACGUCUGAGUGUGAGGUUAAGGUAUUGCCUGUUUGUAGCGUUUUUUUUUCUUUUUUUUUGACCGGGGUUCCGACAUCUAGG